CACUGGAGGAGCAGCGGCGGCUGGAGGACAUGUUUCCAGAAGCAGAGAAACUGAACACAAGACCACAGGACUGAAUGAACACACACACAUGGAGAACAGAAGAGCAGGAUCUACAGCGGAUGACGGAGAUGUAUGGUGACGGAUGGAGACGGUAGCAGAAUGUGCUCCUAUAUGAAGAGGAUGAGGACGAGGAAGAGUCUCCUGCUGCGUGUGUGUGGGUUGCUGACUCUGCUGUGCGUGUGCGUGAGUCUGACGGCCUGGAGCAGCACACACACACUCCACCAACACACAGCAGAGCGCAGGAAUCAGGAGGAGAGUGACCUGAAGAGCACAUCUACCUGCUGCUCACCACACAAACAACACAGACCCGUGCUGCGGUGGAGGAUUGAUCUGGAGCCGUGGGCCAAUGGGACGCCUGCUUUACAGGAGGAGGCGCAGCGAUUCCUCUCAUACAUCUCCACACCACAGGUGUCAUGUGAUGCACACAGAGAGGGUUAUGGGCCGUGGACUCUGUGUUUGGACCAGAGGUUCAGUCUGGCUCAGCGGAUCCGAUCCAAACACUGCCGCGUCUACUCACUCAGGCUGGGCUCAUCUUCAGCUGAUGUUGUGGAGCGUGCUCUGGCCUCGUCCGGCUGUGACGUCCACUGUUUCGACCCCAGCAUCAGCUCCGCUCACCUGCAGCAGCAGCAGCACCUGUGGCUGCAUCGCCUCUCAGUGGACUGGAGAGACCCCAAUCCUGCCGUCCCCCCACACAGAGCGCACAGCAACAGCAGGAAGCUCAAGAACAUCCUCAACCACUUCGGCCACAGACAGGUGGACGUGCUGAAGGUGGACGUGGCGGGAGCAGAGUGGGCUCUUCUGGAGAAUCUGAUCCUGGAUCAGGUGCUAGAGGUGGUGGGCGUCCUCCUGCUGGAGCUGCACCUGCACUGGCCCGGGUUCGAGGUGGGCGGGGACGAGCCGGCGGUGCUGCGCUAUUGGUUCAGCCUGAUGCGGGAGCUUGAGCGCGCUCACUUCCGCCUCUACCACAGCUUCAGCGACCCCAGCAAACCACACAUCAUCCUGCACCGAAACCUCCAGAACGCCAGUGGAUCCUUCAGCCUGGGCUGGGUCAACACUCGCUUCCAGCCGCAGGAAUGAGCAGAACACACUGCAUUCAAGAGGUUUUUUAAUAGUCGAUGAUUGAUGCAAUCUCAGUUGUAACAUAAAGAGGGGGCAGGGCAUUGAGUAGCUCCUCCCACUUUAUGUAAACAAUCCAAUAUGUAUAGAUAUAUAUAUAUAUAUAUAUUGUUUAUACAUUCAGUUUAUACAUUCAGUCAUUAUAAUACAUUCAGUUAAAUAGACUCAAGCAUUCAUUCAGUUGUUGAAGCAUGAAAACAAGAUGAAAGACUGUUUAAACACAAGCGCCAUCAGGAUCAGCAGGCGAAAACAAAAACUCUAUUGAAAAUACUGGGGUUAAUUAAAAUAUCAUAUUUUGAAGACAUGGCAGGGGAAUAAAAUGUAAUGCAGAGCUUCUUCUCCGGUCUGAAAGCCACUUUAUAUUGUAUAUCUAUCAGGCAGUGAAGGUCACAGAUUUUUAAAGAAAACAGACCUUAAUUGUGGAGAUAUUAUAAUGGAAAGACAUGGAGAGGCUGGCUGGCUGAAAGUAAAAGUCUGUGUGCAUAUACACCAUUAACCAAACUGAACUUUCCUUUUUCUAAAAGCAUCAGGAGAAAAUCGUAUAAAUCACAGGCUAUAAUGUCUCUAUGAUCUAUUUAGGCUUAAGAUGUUUUUGAGAAAAGCAGCACAGGAUUGUUGUAUAAUCAUAUUUUUAUUACAGUAUUUAUUUUACAGAACUUUCAGAAUGGUAAUGGCUGAACU